AAGACGUCACGUCCGGUCGGUUUCAUCACUGUACAGUCAUUCUUUCCUUUCACAUGUGUUCCUGUGUUGUAGCGACAGUUCCAACCGGCUUUUUGUCCCACCGACUACAGUAAGGAAAAGUCCCCCGUAAAAACGCCACAAAAAGACACCAAAGCAUCUUAUCUUUCAUUCUGCGGGAACAGACCGGUCGAUUCGGGACGAUUUUUGCAUUCCAAGGACGAAAAGUUACCCACAAUGCCCUCUGACGCUGCCAAGAAGCGCGCUGCGAGGAAGAAGGAGGCAGCGAAGCAGAAGGGCGGGAAAAAAGCCGAACCCAAACCUGAGCAGAACGGCACGGCUAACGGGGUAGAGACCAACGGUGUAGCCAAUGGGGUCAUGGAUGACCUGAGCGCGACCAUGGACAAGUUGGACAUCGAAGCCCAGGCCGCCGCAGCUGCACGCUCGUGUACCGGCGUCCUGUCCUCCCAUCCGAUGGGGCGGGACAUCAAGUUCGAGAGUUUCACACUCACGUUCCACGGGCACGAGCUGUUCCAUGACACCAAGGUUGAGCUGAACACAGGCCGGAGGUACGGGCUGGUCGGACUCAACGGAUGUGGAAAGUCGAUGUUGCUGAGCGCCCUGGGGAACAGGGAAGUGGACAUCCCGAGUCACAUCGACAUCUUCCACCUGACACGGGAGAUGCCCGCCAGCGACAAGACAGCGCUGCAGUGCGUGAUGGAAGUGGACGCAGAGCGCGUACGGUUAGAAACGGAGAUGGAACAUUUACAAGGCAAAGCAGACGAAGAAUCAGCAGAGAGACUAAUGGACAUCUACGAGCGGCUGGAAGAGCUGGACGCUGACAAGGCAGAGAUGAGGGCUGCUGCCAUCCUGCACGGUCUCGGCUUCUCACAUAAAAUGACGCAAACCAAGGUGAAAGACUUCUCAGGAGGCUGGCGGAUGAGAAUAGCACUGGCUCGAGCCCUGUUUGUCAAACCUUCCCUCCUCAUGCUGGACGAACCCACCAACCACCUGGACCUGGACGCCUGCGUCUGGCUGGAGGAAGAGCUCAAGAACUACAAGAGAAUCCUGGUGCUGGUGUCCCACUCCCAGGACUUCCUGAACGGUGUCUGUACCAACAUCAUCCAUGUGAACAACUGUAAACUGCACUACUAUGGUGGUAACUACGACGUGUACGUGCGUACACGGCUGGAACAGCUGGAGAACCAGGCGAAGCGGUACAAGUGGGAACAGGACCAGAUCAAACACAUGAAGAGUUACAUUGCCAGAUUCGGCCACGGUAGUGCCAAGCUUGCCAGACAAGCACAGAGCAAAGAGAAGACCCUGAAGAAAAUGGUGGACGGAGGACUGACAGAAAAAGUUGUUCUAGAUCAGACGCUGACCUUCUACUUCCCUGAAUGCGGAAAGGUCCCGCCGCCCGUCAUGCAGGUUCAGGAUGUCAGCUUCAGAUACGCCGAUGAUCUGCCAUGGAUCUACCGUAAUCUGGAAUUCGGAGUGGAUCUGGACUCUCGGAUCGCUCUGGUGGGGCCAAAUGGCGCAGGAAAAUCCACGCUGAUGAAACUCCUGGAUGGAGAGCUGGUGCCGACAGACGGACUGAUCAGGAGAAACUCUCACCUGCGCAUCGGCAGGUUCCACCAGCAUCUUCAAGAGAAGCUGGACCUGAACCAGUCUGCAGUGGAGUUCCUGAUGGCGAGUUACCCUGAAGUGAAGGAGAUUGAAGAGAUGCGUUCCAUCGUGGGGAAGUACGGGCUCACAGGCAGGCAACAGAUGUGUCCGCUGAAGAACCUGUCCGACGGACAGCGAGCGCGGGUGAUCUUCGCGUGGCUGGCGUGGCGGGCGCCACACCUCCUGCUACUGGACGAACCCACCAACCAUCUGGACCUGGAGACCAUCGACGCGCUCGCCGACGCCAUCAACGCCUUCGAGGGCGGCUUGGUACUCAUCAGCCACGACUUCCGACUCAUCAACCAGGUUGCGGAGGAAAUCUGGGUGUGUGAACACGGCACGGUGCGGAAGUGGAAGGGAGACAUCCUGUCCUACAAGCUGGACCUGAAGGAGAAGAUCAUGAAGGAAAACUCCAGGUUUAACAAGAUCAAGUCUGUCAUCUAAAUAUCCCACCAUCUCAGGGCCUUCCCUCCAAACUGUGGUCAUAGCAAUUGGGGUUUAUAUUUGACAUCCUUAUGCAUGUGAAUUUCCUCAUAAAAAAAGGUAGAAAUGGCCAUUUGAUAUAUACAUCCAUUUUUAAUAGAAAGUUGCAAGGAAUCGAAAGAUUGAACCAUAUAUUGAUGUCUGCGAAGUUGUGAAUCCUUCAGAAAACUGCUGUAAAAUGAGAGAAAAGACAGAAAACUGAGUUUUGAAUGAUUUUCACCAAAAAUUUUGGAUCUUCAAACUAAGAAGAAUGUCACCUAUAAAACCAAGCUAUUUGACCUAAUCAGUAUUAUAGAAUGCUAAAUACUGUAAUCAUAAAUGUUACACCUACGUAUGAAACAAAGAAGUACUAAAUUAAAAGACUACCAUUAAAAUUCCUACGGAAUUUGCAGCCACCACCACUCAGGUUUAGUCGGGAUAGAGUAGAAUUAGAAUGUAAGGGUUAAUAUUAUCAAGGAUGUAAUAUAUAAUGUCCUUGAUAUUAUUAUGCCAAGGUUACACAGUUAAGGAUACUCACUCACUUCUACCAAGCUGCAAUACCAUGUAUUACAGAAUGGGGGCAGUGUUACACACAGUCAAUGAUGCACUAUUCACCUGAAAUGUUUUUGUGGCCUAUGAUAACCACUGCUUUUUGCAAAAGUAUAGCCAAACACUAGCAUUAAAGUCACGCAAGACAGCAAAUAUAUUAUAAUAGAAUGCUGCAGAUAGAUGUGCAAAGGUUAGCUGUGACAGGUCACUCAGUAGUAUAACCAGCUGCUGUCACAUGCCUGUGAAGCUGUUACGCUGAAGGGCGGGUAUACUGGCUAUACAGACACAGACACAGAAUGGGGUAAUUACAGUAAGUUAUCUAAAGAGGGUCAGGCAAGAUAAUUUUUCCUCCCACUGUGUCAGUUACAUAAAAUAGAUUCUUCCCUUUAGCAUGUAUAUUGAAAUAGCCCUUAGAGGCAACAUGUAUAAGGAACAUUAUAGACACACUACAUUACAAAUUUAAAGCAGGCUUAUUCAGACAAGCAGAGAUACUAACUGUAAACUUUGCCCAUUCAAUUGCCUUAAGGUAUUGAAGUCAAUGAGUAGAUUUUUUUCUAUAUGUAAUUAGUGUCAGAAAAUGUCAGAAAAGGAAAUGUCGUCAGUUCUGUAUGUAUAAUGCCCGUUGUAAUAUUUCCUUCCUUCUAAAGUUGUGGACUCAGCUGGUAUAAUGCAGUAGGGGCUGUCCAUUAUAUAUAUUAGGAGGGUACAGAACAAUUGAUGACGAGACGGACAGGCCAGUACCUUAUUUGGUCAUUUGGGGAAUGGUUCGUGCAGUGUUGAAAUGUUUGUAGUUUAUCGUGAAUAUUUUAACAUUUUUUUACAUACAAUUCACACUUUGUACAGUCUUGAAAAAAGAUGACAGAAUAAGUGAAGUAUGUUCUCUCCAUGUGUAUAAUUGCUAUGUGUAAGUUUAGAGUAUUUAACUUUGUUAUAUCUGGACUUUGAAUUUACCCAUGUAAACUGAUAUAUGUUGCAUUAAUGUACAUCUAUUGGGUAACUGCCAUCAAGUCCUCUAUAUUUCAAUGUUAUUUAUUUAUAUACUGGUUACUGAUAAAUUAGUCUACAUGAAAACGCAUACAUGUGUAUUAUUAGUCUGGUAUAUUUUCUUUGUGUCACAUGUUUUCUUCAUAGAAGGAUUUAUGGAAGGUGUGUUGUGAAAAGGCAGAAUAAAAAGGAAAAAAAGUC